CGGAGAUAGCAGGCACUUUCUCAGCGCUCAGGCUAGCUCGCUUUCGGCUUUGGUUCGAGAUGGAGACUCGCUCGACUGCACGGAGAUCUCGUAGCUCCAACAUCCACAACUUCAAGAGUGAGUUGACUUCAGUUCAUAGGCUUUAUCUUACAUUUGUUGUUUUAGGCUAGAUGUUAUUGAUGGUAAUGGGGAUGAGGAUGGUUAUGUCGCCAGAUGUGAUUUACGGUGUUUAUAGACUCACUGUUUUAUUUAUAUUCAAUUGAAUUCGUUCACAGUUAAGUGUGUAAACAGCUAGGCCUACCUGCAUAGGGGGUUGACCUGCAUGCGUCACUUCUGUAGCCUAUUCACUUUUUUCAAUAAAGUUGUUGGCUCCCUGAAGUACAAAUCUGGCUCUUGCAAACAAGAUUACACUUAAAACCUCAGCAGUUCAUUCGUUCAGUUUUCAACUGCUUUGUACAGGACUUUACCCAUGAACUGCUGUAGCCUACAUUUGGUAAAAACAACUUUGUAGAUUUAUUUAGUGAAAAUUAAUGAAAGCCAAAGCAAGGAAUAAGUAAGGUAAAAUUGUUAUUUCAUAAGCAAGAACAAACUUGGAAAUUGUUCAUGUUGCUCACAAGCGCGCACCUACUAAACAAGUCCUCUCCAUGUACGGUGCGGGUGGAGUUAACGAGCCGUGUCAGAAGGUGAGGUCGUUGGAAAAUCUUGCCGGGGAAGCUGAAUGGCACGGGAUUAUUUUUUUAUGCUAUGUUCCCCAGACCGUUUUGUGCCCCGUUAUCCGAGUUUGCCAAACCGCCUCUGAAUAAUCCAUGCAGAGCGAAACUGAGCCGGGUCCGGUUACCUUGUUUUACGCGUGUCCAUACUCUGUAACCUCUUGGUGAUCCAACCUUUUUGUGAAGUUGGCUCGUGAAUUUAAGCUACUAGUGUAAGUCUUGUUUCGCACUUCUGUAGGUCGUGUAAUAGAACUUGAUAGCACUUUGAACCAGAGGAGAAGAAGAUUCGGUCUUGGAUAAAUGUUGAGGUCCCAGAAUUAUAAACCCGUACUGUGACUAGCCUAUGUAACAUGAUCAGCUAGAUAUAAAUAGGUUAUAGGAUAUAAAUGAUUUGUAUAAUGUCAUUUAUUAUGAAUGAUUGUUCAGACCUUUGGCCAAUUAGUCAGACUUCAGAUCACAGCAGUCCUUUGAUAAUCUUGGCUUGUGCGUCAUAUCCGCGUCAUUAACAACUUUCUGCACCACUCCACUGAACAGCUCCAAGUGCUGAAAACAGCUCAGCAUCUCUUUCUCUCUCUCACUCCAUCUUUCUCUGACUGUCUUCACUGUACAAUGCAUCCGCUAGUUGUUAUAAUGGCCCAUUAUUGUAAUCUAUGUCCAUGAGUGAAUAAGAUCAAAUGAGAAAAUAUUGUCACAGAGUUUGACUGUGUGUUAAACGUAUUCCUGUCUCUUUUCUCUCUGCGUGUUUCAGGUGGGCUCACCCUGUGGCUGGUGCUGUGGUUGGUGGCGGUGAAGCCGAGUGGGGCGGGGGCGUGUCCAAGGCUGUGUGUGUGUUACCCGUCGCCCAUGACGGUUAGCUGUCAGUCUCAGAACUUCACCACCGUGCCCUCCGGAGUGCCCUACGACUCCCAGCGUGUCUUUCUGCAGAACAACCGCAUCACCGAGCUCAGAGCAGACACCUUUGGCUUCGAGACACAGGUGAGAAUGUGUGUGUUUGUGUGGACAUACGUUUUUGUGAAUGAGGUGUUAGUGUUUGUGGAUUGAUAUUGCAUAGUGUUGCAUUUAAAUGUAGUAUUUUGUUUAGUAUUUGAGCUCUGUGUGUUCUUAUAGGAGCUGUGUCCUUGCUCCUUUGUUUAACGACCCAUUUCUAUUUACCUCUCCCCUUUUCAACCCCUCCCCCUAUAGGUUCUCUGGCUCUACUCCAAUAACAUCACAUUGAUUGAGGCUGGAGCCUUUAGCAACCUGAGGGUUCUAGAAGAGCUGGACCUUGGUGACAACCCGUCGCUACGGCGACUGGAGGGCGGAGCGUUCCGGGGACUGGAGAAGUUGCAGAGCCUGCACAUGCACCGCUGCAAGCUGGCCGCUCUCCCCCACGACCUCUUCCUCAAACUCUACAGCCUGCAGUUCCUCUACCUGCAGGUAUAGAUACACACACACUCAUAGAACUUUAUACAUACACUUGUAUGCAUGCACGCACACAAACACACACACACACACACUGACAAUGUCCUCCCUCCCUGCAGGAGAACCAGCUGCACUUCAUACAAGACGACCUCUUCUCCGACCUGGUCAACCUGACCCACCUCUUCCUGCAUGGCAACCGUAUCCGCACGCUGUCCGAGAACGUGUUCCGUGGCCUGGUCAACCUGGACCGCCUCCUGCUCCACGACAACCGCAUCCGGCAGGUCAACCGCCGUGCAUUCCGCGACCUGGGCCGUCUGACCAUCCUCUACUUGUUCAACAACUCCCUGGCAGAGCUGCCGGGCCAGGCCAUGAAAGACGCUGUGGCAGUCCAGUUCCUCCGCCUCAAUGGGAACCCCUGGUCCUGCGGCUGUGAGGCCCGCCCCCUGUGGGAGUGGUUCCGUACUGCCCGCAUCUCCUCCUCCGAGCUGAUGUGCUCAUCCCCCUCCCCCCGCCGCGGACAGGACCUGCGCUUCCUCCGAGAGAUGGACUUUGCCCUUUGCCCCCUCCCUGACCCCGGGUCAUUGGCCGGCACCACCACGACCACCUUCAGCACCAAGACAAGAUGGUGGUUCUCCAAGCACAAGCCUGCAGCCUCGUCCAAAGGAAUCUUCCAGAAGAGCUCAGAGACGGUCAAGGCGUUCCCCUUCUCCUCAGUCAAGCCCAGCCAGCCCUCCUCCUCCUCCACCUCCUUCUCCUCUAAGUAUGAGCUGGCGGAGGAGGAGGUGAACCUGCCCAAGGUGGACCAGGAGGAGUACUGGGCCAACUACGGGAAUGAAGACGCCUCUGUGCGCUGCUUCGAGCUUGAGUGCCCUCCCGGCUACGACACCACGGUCCUCCUGCCCUCCUCCUCCUCCUUCUCCUUCUCCCCCACUCUGUCUUUCCUCCCUCUCCUCUCUCUUUCUGUACUAACUCUGUCCCUCCAUCUUCUCUUUGGC